UGUCCAGCGGACUGCUGGCUGCAAAUUGUGCCCCCCCCUGCCCUCCUGAUUGGACUCAGUUUGGCUCUCGCUGUUUCAGAUACUACAGCAUGCCAAAGACCUGGGCCAAUGCGGAGACCACCUGCCUCGCUGCUGGAGGGAAUCUGGCUUCCAUCCACUCAGCUGCAGAACAUAAAUAUAUCAGAGACUACAUUAACCAAGUGUCCACUGCAAACACAUUCUCCUGGAUCGGAGGCACUGACGCCGUGACGGAGGGUACGUGGAUGUGGUCUGAUGGAUCCAAAUUCAACUUUGUCGACUUCAAUGCGGGGGACCCUAACGGCGGUGUAGCGGAGAACUGUCUGGUGAUUAACAUUGGGGUAACCGGCUGGUACGACUUGGCAUGUUUCGUUCCAUUUACUUUUGUGUGCUCCAAGGACAGCGUGCAACCCUAGACUGUUAUUAAUAAUAAUAUAAUAUUAAUAUUAAUAUUAAUGACAGAGCAUGGUCUCGUUAUGGUCUCAAUUGCUAGUUUUAAGUCUUCUGCAACACAGAAUGAUCAUUUUAUGAAUUAUGGUCUGGUUGACUCGUCCCUCUCUCCCCCUUCUAUCCUCAUUCUAUCCUCCCUCUCUCCUCCUAUCCUCCCUCUCUCCUCCCCUCUCCUCCUUCCCUCCUCCCUCUCAUCUAAAAUCAUCACAUCAUCAACCAGGAUGGCUGAGCCCGUAACGGCAAUCUCGCCGACUCAUAGCAAAUCCCCACAAACCGAUGGGUGUUAUCACACCUGCUCUGUUCAUUAAUAUUAUACAGUCUCUGCAUCACCCCAACGCUCCAUCAUGAAGCCUCUACAUCUCUAAUCUCUAUCAUUGAUUCAUCUCUAAUCUCUAUCAUUGAUUCAUCUCUAAUCUCUAUCAUUGAUGCAUCUCUAAUCUCUAUCAUUGAUUUAUCUCUAAUCUCUAUCAUUGAUUCAUCUCUAAUCUCUAUCAUUGAUUUAUCUCUAAUCUCUAUCAUUGACUCAUCUCUAAUCUCUAUCAUUAAUUCAUCUCUAAUCUCUAUCAUUGAUUCAUCUCUAUGUGAAAUGUCAAAUUAAAAAAUAAAAGUGUAUAUUUUAUCAGAGCUUUCUGUGAUCAAAGAGGAGAAUACAACAGUAAUAACACUUCAUAAUACCUAUUAAUAAUUCAUAUAGUCCUCUGGUUUAAUGAACUGGUUUCUUUUUAUUCUUUAAACUGAUGUGUUGUGUUCUUUAUUCAUCUGAUUUCCUUUACUAUAUAAUCAACUAAGCAUUCAAAAAUGAAAGACAUAUAGUCUCA